ACCGGAUUGCUCCCCAUUGUCAGUGUUGAAGAGUUCGUUGACAGACUUCGUGAGGGAACGAGCAUGGACAUCCAAGUAAGAGCGCAUGAUGGUCCAUUAUUCAUGGCAGUCGAAUGAAGUGGCGGUACAGCGUCGAGGUCAAGAGUUCGUUGGACAAGCUUCUGGAAGGAUGGCAAGGGCAAUGAAUACGGCAUCGCGGGCACUCAUCUUGGUCUUGGCACCACGGCCUUCGUUCCACCGUGCUUGCAUCGGGAGUUCAAUGAUACCCCACAGGCCAGCAUCUUGCAAUGUUUUGUCCAUUAUGGGUUGCAUACUGCAAGCUGGGCCAAAGAGGUCGAGGCAUUCGUUCAAGAAUAUCUGGUCGCGCACAGAUUGCUCCUCUAGACUGGCUGCAUGGUAGAAGAAGGGUUGAACACCAUGUCGGCGAAUUUAUUGAAUUGUGUGUGGAUUGUGUAUGCCGAGGUAGAGGCAUUUUGGAGGGAAAGUCGUAAAGGC